AUGAUAUUCCAGGUGCUACCGAGCAACACAAAACCCUGGUACCGUACCAAGCAUCUGAUGCUGCUCAACUUCUUUAUCGCAAUCCCCUUGCUGUCUGCGUCUGCUGUUGGCUUCGAUGGCGCUAUGAUGAACGGUCUACAGACUUUGCCUCAGUGGCGUAAUACCUUCGGCAAUCCCACUGGCGCUCUCCUCGGCUUUAUGAAUGCAGUUUAUCCAAUUUCCAAGGUCAUCGGAUUGUUCCCUGCAACCUGGAUCGGAGACAGAUACGGAAGGAAGAAGGUGAUGUAUAUUGGCUUCAUCCUUCUUCCCAUCGGGGCGGCUUUGCAAGGUGCCUCGCAAAAUACCGCCAUGUUCAUCGGCGCCCGAUUUGUGAUUGGUUUCGCGACGUCGUUUCUCGCCCAACCUUCACCUAUCCUGGUGACAGAGUUGGCAUAUCCGACACACAGGGCAAAGGCGACUGCUCUGUACAACACAUGCUUUUACUUUGGGGCCGUUCUCGCCGCUUGGUCAACGUAUGGAACUUUCAGGAUCGCAUCGACGUGGUCCUGGAGGAUCCCAUCCAUACUUCAACAAGCCAUCCCUCUUUUUCAAACUAUCUUCGUCUUCUGGGUCCCAGAGUCUCCUCGGUUGGUUAACUCUCACCUCCCCCCAAGAUGCCACUGCGCCAUUACUAACCAUACCAGCUGGCUAAUGGCCAAUAACAAGGAAGAUGAAGCCCGGCGUAUCUUGAGGAAAUAUCACGGUGGUGGCGAUGAAAGCUCUCCUUUGGUGGAGUUUGAGCUAAAAGAGAUCACCCAAGCUUUACAAAUCGAAAGGGCGAGUGAACAAUCCCGCAGCUACCUCGAGCUUAUGCGCACUGGCCCCAAUCGGCACCGCACCGCGCUCGCUUUUCUCAUCGCGUUCUUCACGCAGUGGAACGGCUGCAGCGUCUUAUCCUACUAUUUGACGCUCGUUCUCAACACCAUCGGGAUCACUGAGCCUGCUCAACAGACACUUAUCAACGGUAUGCUGCAAAUCUUCAACUGGGUAGUUGCUGUCUGCGGCGGUGCCCUUCUGGUAGACCGCGUUGGCCGUCGUUCGUUAUUCCUCGUGGGCACUGGCGGCAUGAUGCUUUCCUACAUUGCUUGGACUAUUUUGAACGCCAAAUUCGCGAAAACCCAAGAUCAACGUAUGGGAACCGCUGUCCUAGUUUUCAUCUUCGUCUAUUAUUUCUUCUACGAUAUUUCCUGGACUCCUCUGCCGAUUGCUUACACCGCCGAGAUCUUCCCUUAUACCCUAAGAGGUCGAGGAAUGACGACCAAUUAUGUCGGCACAUAUCUCGGGCUCAUCAGCGGACAGUUCAUCAAUCCGAUCGCAAUGAAGGAUAUCGGCUGGCGAUACUACAUCGUGUUUUGCGGUAUACUAUUCCUUAUGGUUAUCGCAAUCUACUUUUGGGUCCCAGAAACAAAGGGUCGCACUUUGGAAGAGAUCGCAGAGAUCUUCGAUGGUCCCCGAAGUCAUUUGACUGCAGUUGCCAAUAAUAACAGUCCAAAAGUCUCUACAGAGAUACUCGAAGUGGAAGUUGGAAAGGGCACAGAAACUCGAGUUUAA